GCGCCGCCUCCUCCGUCCGCACCGCCCUUUAAUCCGCGUUGGCUGGGUCUCCUCCUCCUCCUCCUGCUCUCAGGCAGGGAGGAUGAUGCCUGCGGAGCCCUGGGCUGCCUGCUCCUCAAUCCCUCUGCUGCUGCCGCCUGGCUCCCUGCCCUGCCUGCGUUGCUAGAGAGGGCCAUGGAGGAGGCGAGCCAUGGAGCCCUGCUGCUGCUGCUGCCGGAGCUGCGCGACGUGGAGCUGAAGCUGGGGCUCAAGGUCCCCGAAAGCCUGGCCCGCUCCCUGCGAGGAGAGGCAGAGAGCCCCCAGGAGCCAAGGAGCCCUGCCUCUGCCAGUGCCUCCUCUGCCUCUGCCUCCUCUGCCAGGCUGGGCUUGGAGAGGCUGCAGACCAAAGUGCACCUCCUCCGCCAAGAAAUGAUUGAUCUCCGAGCUACAGAUGUCAAGCUCAUGCGACAGCUACUGAUCAUCAACGAAAGCAUUGAAUCAAUCAAGUGGAUGAUCGAAGAGAAAGGUGCAAUCGCAAGCCGGGGCAGCAGUUUGAGUGGCAGCCUCUGCAGUUUGCUGGAGAGUCAGGAGACCUCUCUCAGAGGAAGCUACAACAGUUUACAAGACUGUAGUGAUGGACUCGAUGGAAUAUCUGUAGGAAGUUACCUGGACACUUUGGCAGAUGAUGUACCAGGCCAGCGUACUCCUUCAGACAUGGACCAGUUCAGUGACUCUUCUCUAAUAGAUGAUUCCCAGUCUGUACAUAAACAUUCAAAGAUUGAGUCUGAUGAGUACUACUGUUUUGGUUAAUAAAAUUAAACUCUGGGGUGGGGGGGACACAUAUGUGCACUUGUAUUUAUGGUUUUUCUAUGCUGCUAUUUGUUUUAAGCAUUUAAAAGCACAUUUUUAAAAGAUAACCCAUUUUAAAUCUGCUUUUUUCUUGCCGCGCUCUUUCUUUAUCUCUGCUGCUGCUCCUAAAUUUCCUCCGUCAUCUUAAUUUAUUGCUGUAAUAACUUUGUUCCCUUUUAUAAUAUCACCUUUGAUUAUUUUUUUAAUAAAAUAAAGAUGAGGGAAAUUAAAUUUUAUCUUCAACACAAAGUGUGGAAAUGAGCUCUUACUGAAUUCUACAUUUGACUGAUAAUAAAACAUUUUUGAUUAUA